GCACUCCAUGGCUGGCACUUGUCCAAGAAGGAAGCAGAGCACGUCACAGAGAUCGCGGAUAUGUACAAGCACAUGGGCAUCAUGCCCUACCCGCACGAGAUUGCACCAUUCAAGAUCGAGCAAUCCCAUGGAAUGCUCAGCGGAAUUGUCGGCAACUACUACCGCGCAGCAAUCCCUGUGACGCACGGGGACAUUCACAUGCCAGACCAUCACGACAUCGGCUUCCUUGGCAAGGAGGCCAACAGCCUCUCAGUGAGUUUGCGGAACUAUAAGCUUACGCAGAUUCACGAGGAACACCCCGGGGACCGCCACAGCGCAUCCUCUCUGGUCGUGAAUGAGUUCCAUCAUUUUGUCAAGCGCCUCGCCACUCUGAUGAACCCCACCGACGAAACACUGACCGAAAUCUCGCAACGUGUGGGACUCAUCGAAACCUUCAUCACGCGCUGCCACAUCUCGAUGCACAAAUACCGGCCAUUCCUUUCAAUCAUGGUGAAGGUGAAGGAGCAGCUUCAGCAGAUCCUGAGCAUCUGGCCGGCGUUUAAGACGCAGCAAAAGCUCCAGGAGCAGAUCCGGGCUGUAAAGCUGCAUGUGGACGCAGCGCUCCUGCGGUUGCUGGGCUACUGCUUCUACGUCCUGAAAUGCGAGCCUGGGGAGUUCGACUUCGAUCCGCAGGACUGGCACCCGGCCAUCCAAGAGACCGAGAGCGUCCACUUCAAGAUCAUGCACUGGCUGAUGCUGCAGGAAAAUGUGUACGACGCCUGCACAAACCACAGCGUGGACCGGAACGUCUGGAUGAAACAGCUUAUGGCCACCGGCUAUGAGGGGGACAUCCUCCAUCAGAUGAACGAGGCUUGGACGGACCCAAAUGCCAUGAGCGAGCCGGUGCUGCAGCUUGGGGACAUGCGCGGGGACGAGUCCGGCCUGCCCUCCAAUGUCUUCGCAGAAGAGACCGACAUGAGCCCCGACCAGCGCCGCACCGCCAUCCAGCUUUGGCUGACGCUGGUCCGCGAGGCAGUGGGCUUUGCAAUGGGCGCCAAGAUGAUGGACCAUGCCUACACGCUCAGUUGCCUCGGUGGCGAGCUGCUCAUUGCAAAGAAGACAUCCAAGGAUCUGGCCUUGUCCACCUUGAAAUUUGUGCGGAACCGGCUGGCAGAGGUGACCCAGACGAUGAUGUCUUUGGACCGAAUCAUGCUCCCCGUCUUGGCCAAAGGAAAGAUGAAGAACUCCGAGAACUACCUCUGGAACAACCGCGCCUUCGUGAACUGGUCUCGGAACUACGAGUACGCUAAGACCCACUGCGCGCCGGGUAUCGUAACCCACGCGCACGAG